GGAGGGGGGCCGGGCCGGGUUUUCGGCGGGGCGGAGCCGCCAUCUUGAAUUGUGAAUCUGUGUAACCUGGAAGAGGGAAAGCAGCAGUUGGCGGCCAGGGGCGCCCAUCCUUCCCCAUGGAUACCAUGACCAGCCCAGAAAAAGAUCACUACAGAAUGAAAAGUUACAAAAAUAAUGCUCUCAAUCCCCAAGAGAUGCGGCGACGUAGAGAAGAGGAAGGUAUUCAGCUUCGGAAACAAAAGAGAGAAGAACAAUUAUUCAAACGAAGAAAUGUUUCUUUACUGGGAAAUGAUGAGUCAAUGCAAGAAAGCCCUAUUCAGGAUCCUGAUGUCAGCUCUACUGUGCCUAUACCAGAGGAAGAUGUAAUUACUUGUGAUAUGAUACAGAUGGUUUUCUCAGAUGAUCCAGACCAACAGCUUGCAGCAACCCAGAGAUUUAGAAAACUACUUUCUAAAGAACCUAAUCCUCCAAUAGAUGAAGUCAUACAAAAACAAGGAGUUGUGCAGAGAUUUGUAAAAUUUCUAGAAAGGAAUGAUAAUUGCACUCUUCAGUUUGAAGCUGCCUGGGCUCUUACAAAUAUAGCAUCUGGAACAUUCCUCCACACCAAAGUAGUAAUUGAAACUGGAGCUGUCCCAAUUUUUAUUAAAUUGUUGAAUUCUGAACAUGAUGAUGUGCAGGAGCAGGCAGUGUGGGCUCUUGGUAAUAUUGCUGGAGACAAUGCAGAAUGUAGAGAUUACGUGUUAAGCUGUGGAAUACUUCCACCACUCUUACAACUACUAACAUACUCUAACAGACUUACGACAACUAGGAAUGCAGUCUGGGCCCUUUCCAAUCUCUGCAGAGGCAAAAAUCCACCUCCAGAUUUCAGUAAGGUUCGACCUUGCUUAGGUGUUCUGUCAAGACUGUUGUUUAGCAGUGACCCAGAUGUAUUAGCAGAUGCUUGCUGGGCCCUCUCGUACCUUUCAGAUGGACCUAAUGAUAAAAUCCAAGCAGUUAUUGAUUCUGGAGUCUGCCGAAGAUUAGUUGAACUUCUGAUGCACAAUGACUACAAGGUGGUGUCUCCUGCAUUAAGAGCAGUUGGAAACAUUGUAACUGGUGAUGACAUUCAAACACAAGUAAUUCUAAAUUGCUCUGCAUUACCCUGUCUCUUACAUUUGCUGAGUAGUCCCAAGGAAUCUAUUCGGAAGGAAGCAUGCUGGACAGUUUCUAAUAUUACUGCAGGAAACAGAGCUCAGAUCCAGGCUGUCAUAGAUGCAAAUAUAUUUCCAGUACUGAUUGAAAUUCUUCAGAAAGCUGAAUUUCGUACUAUCAAGGAAGCAGCCUGGGCCAUCACUAAUGCAACAUCAGGAGGGACUCCUGAACAGAUAAGCUAUUUGGUGGCAUUAGGUUGUACCAAACCUCUCUGUGAUCUUCUGACUGUGAUGGAUUCUAAAAUCGUCCAGGUGGCAUUGAAUGGACUUGAAAAUAUUCUACGACAUGGAGAACAGGAAUCUAAGCAAAGUGGAAUUGGUGUUAACCCUUACUGUUCCCGUAUAGAGGAGGCAUAUGGACUAGACAAAAUCGAAAUUCUUCAGAGUCACGAAAACCAGGAGAUCUACCAAAAAGCAUUUGAUCUUAUUGAACAUUACUUCGGUGUGGAAGAGGAGGAUGCCAGUAUUGUACCACAAGUUGAUGAAAAUGAACAGCAGUUUCUGUUUCAGCAGCAAGAAGCUCCAAUGGAGGGAUUCCAGUUGUAACUGUUAAAUACGAAUUCUAUAGCUCCUUCUGCAGACUUCUACUUGAUGGCCAGCACCAAGGAAGAUGAAAAUGUUCUGCUACAGACAGAUACAGAAGCAGCUUGUGCACUUGAGUUUUCUGUCAGAUGCAACUUUUUGUUAUUCUUUUUACUUGUGCGUGAUUCCAUGAUCUUAGUCCAGAUACACUAAUCACAACUUUUAAAGAAUUGCAGAGCUUGAAUAGUGUUCUCAUUAGCUACUACUACAGAGUUCUUCAAGCAGUUACUAGAACUGUAUAAUUAUGCAUAAACAGCUCUUGAUGUUUUGAAUUCUGGCUGUAGGGCUUGGGUGCCCAGUCUAUACUGAAUCUACCUCUUUAACUCUGGAGCAAAAAUGAUGCUUCAGGACUAAAGUGAGACUAUAUAUAUGACAUGUAUAUGAGCUCCUAGCAAAAACUAUACUUAGAAUGUGAAAAAGUAUUUAUUUAAAUAGCGAAAAUAUAGUUUUAUGUGUGAUACUUUGCGAUAAACUGGUGAAAUAUAUUUAUAUUUGAAAGCAUAACACUUACAGGGGCACACUGCCGAUUAUAUGGCAUAACAUUGAAAUGAUGACCAAUUUCGCACUAGAGCUUUAAUCCUGGUUUAACUCUGUCCCCAAACUGACUUUCUACACUAAAACCAUAGAAUCAGUCAUAAAGUUGGUUUCUAUGAUUCUAGUGCAGAAAGUCAGUUUGGGGAUAGAGUUAAACCAGGAUUAAAGCUCUCGUGCGAAAUUGGUCCUAGUGAAAACAAGUUUUCCUGCUGUGCGAAAAGAUGUAGCUAGUUUUAAUUUGUGAUAUGUAGGCCCCGCUGCCUAGCUAUGUAAUAAAAAUUCCCUCUCCCUCCAUUUGUUCUGCAGUGGUAUUGCAAAUAAGGCUGCCAAGGUUUCAUCCAGUCACUGCAGCUCUACCUUAAACAGCAGGUUGUACAGACAUGAGUAGGCAAGUCAUGUUUCCUGUGUGCUGUGAGAAGCUGGUACCUGCUCAGCUAACUUCCACUAAAGGUUGAUUGUGCCAGUUUUUUUUUUUAAAGGCUGUUUGGCAACUUUAAUUGCAAGCUGGAGAAGGGAAGGUUUUCUACAGUAGAGUAGGGUUUGUGAAUAGAACGCUCCAUGUUUUACCUACAUGUUACCAAAGUGUUCAAAACUCUGCAAUAUUAUUUUUUUCUUGAAAUGCUGAUGAUAUGCUUUAUUUGUACAGUCAGUAUAUUGUAAUUGAACAAAUACACUAAUAUGACACUUUAUUUUGGAGGGAACAGGGGAGUAAAAUUGUUUCGUUUUCAACCUUAUGUUUUAAACUGGGCAUUUACAGUGUUUCCUGCUAUGUUAGAAUGUUUGCAGUAAAUGGAAGAAAAGAAACUUGGUUUUGCUGUAAAUAUAGUAGGUAUUUCUGACAAUGUACACAAAAUGUUUAAUGCCAAGCAUUUUAUACAGAAUUACUAUAAUGAAGCCUCAAGUCCAUUCUGUUGCAGAUUUUCAGUAUCUGACUACACACACACAAGCAGAAUUAAAGCACUCUGAUUAGGCUAACUAGAAAUCACCUGAUCUGUGUGGAAUUUUUAAAAACGUUCUGUAAAAUAUUUGCAGUUAUUUGGAUAAUAAUAAGCAAAAGGCAAAAAAAAAAAUCUAAAAUCAACUGGAUGUGAAGCCUUCUGCUGGUGCAAGGACAAUGUUGGUUUAGCAGAACAAAACCUUUGGAUCUCUGGUAUCUACUGAGAUCAAAUACUGAUUUUUAAGCCCUGGGUAAGAGCGACCUGUUUUACGACCUGCCUAGCACACCUGUCUGAAGCAGUUGCAUGGAAAAAGAAGCGGCUGCUGGCAACUUUACUCUUCACUCUUCAUAGCAGUUGAGAGAAAGCAUUCUGACCACUAUUUCUUCCUCUAGGAGGAGAUCAGUAGUUAUAAUUAAAUGAAAUGCUCUUCAGCUAUGAAGCUGCCUUAUACUGAGUCAGAAGACCCUUGGUCUGUCACAGUCAGCAUUGUCUACUUUGACUGGCAGUGGUUAGGGAGAAACCGUUCAAACCACCUCCAACCUGAUCCUUUUAACCAGAGAUUCUGGGGAUUGAACCUAGGACUUCCUGCAUGUCAAACAGAUGUUCUACUAUGAUGCCACAGCUCCUGGGGCAGAGUAUGAGUUCCGAUGGUCUGCGCUCCCUGCUCCCUGAAUCCUCAAGUCUAUGAAAAGCUUCUGGUCUCCAUCCUUCAUUAUGGAAAUGGCAAUUGCAGGAGCAGAUAUAUAACUUUGUGCUGUGUAAUGUGGGACUCUGGAUUGUGACCACAAUAGUCUUGGAGGCCAUGUAACAGCACCAUCUAUGAUUAUGGUGUUGAAGACUGAUUUUGAAGAAGCUGUUAAAAGGUUACAAGUCAUCUGUAAAUUAUUUAUAAACAGCUGUAGCUGAAGAAAACAGCCUCAAAUACUUUGGUAGAAAUCUUGGAGUAUUGUAAGGGAAGGGAAUGCGUAGGGAAGUACUGCUACCCUGAACUUUAACUUUGAAGUGACUAACCUUUGUGAAUUAAUUCCCUUAAUUUUAGCUUAAUACUGUCUCCUGACAUUCAUUUAAAGGCAAGUUAAAGAAAUGAUAAUGAAAUCUGUUCAGAAUAAGUAUGUAGAAAAAAAAUUCCACAUUAUGACAGGAUAUUCCAUUGCUUCUAAAAACCUUUUACUGUGUUACAAAAUUACCAGUUGUGCCUGUUCUUAAUUUGCAUAUCUAAUAGAUACUACCUUCUAAGCACUGUAAUCUAACCCCGAUCAGAGACUAUAAAUCCCUGUAUUUUCUAUGUCUUGUAAGAGAAGAAUGCUUUUUAAAAAACCAAAAGGAUGUUCUAGUAUGACGAAUUAGAAUAUUCUAUUUGGUGAAGACGUAAUGUUAAUAUGUUUAAUUUUGAGCUUAAAGAUUACCACAAAAAAUUAAAUGUGACUUUUGUUCUUUUACAUAUGAGAUUGAGAAGCCUUGUAUAAUCAGGAGAACUACAGAUAUAGCCUGUAGGCAGAACAGGUAAGAAUGGCACCUGCAGACUGUACUGUCCCUUAGAACAAAUAUUCUAAUUUGAAUUUUUUAAAUAAAGUCUUUCAAAAGACUUAAAACUAGUUCAGCGUUUUCCUAGUAAUGGUCAAAAUACAUUUUCACAUAAUGGUUUGAAUUUGGAUUAUGAUUAUUUAAUCUAUGCAAUCAUGCCAGGUAUGUUCUGCAAGAUAUUUCAGAUAUAAAGCCCUCUAGUUUUCUACUAAAUGUUUUUUUUCCAUUCCUGCACUUCAUUUUUGAAAAUUUCUUUAUUUUGCUUCUAUGGCUUGCUGUUUAAAAUAGUGGCAAAGUAGUAACUGUAGAUCAAGAAAAAAAAUUGUCCAUUGUUAAUUGGAAUAAUUGGCUGGAGCCUUAUAAUUUACCUUUUGGUGUUUUGGUCCUAUUUCUCUGCAAAUUCAUUUGGAAGAUAAAAUGUAGAUUAUGAUAGUACUUUAAAGACUAUGGAGAUCUCACAAGGAUUGCUGUUACAUUUACCCUUGUUACUGUGUUCUAUAAUGGUUCUUUGUAAUUUAAGACUCCAUCUUUAAAAGCAAACUGAAAACUAACUGGAAAAAUCCACAAAUUUGGACAGUAUGCAAUAUUAUGGAAUGUACUAUAAAUACCACAGAUUAAAGCUAAUAAACAUAUUUUACAGUGACA